GAAGGUAAUGAACUAUGAGAAACAAAGAAUGAAGACAAUUAAUAACAAUCAUGAGAGAAUGAAUGCUCUAGGAGUGAAGAAUAUAACAACCUGUUUGAAGGCUGCGGUUCAACAUAAGAAAUUAAGGAAGGAAAAACAAAUACCAAUUGAGGAAAAUGACGAUGAUUAUCGACUGUCAGAGGCUGAAGAUGGCAGUGACACUGAAUCCUAUGAUUCGUUUGAGCAUGAGCUGUUAGAGAUACCAUCGAGAGCCCGGGGAGGAGUAUGCAAGAAACCACUCACCGAAGGAUGUUGAUCCUACCAAGUGGAUAGAUCUUAUUGAUAAAAAGUGGAACACUAAAGAAUUUCUGAUAACAUUUUCAUCUUUUUUAUUAUAUCAGCGAAGAAAGAAUUUGAUUAGAAUAGGGAGAGAUUUCAAAAAAACUAGAAAGAACACAAUCAAUUUGCUGUGAAAUUCCAUGUGUUCUUUUUUCCUUAUCCUCUAAGCAUGUAAGUGAAACAUAAUAAAAACCAAAUAAGUGGCAAAAUGAGAAAGGGAAACUAUUAAACAUGGAUUGGAAGGCUCACAUAAUAGGAGAUUAAUUUAUGAUUCCUUAAAAUGCAUC